AUGGCGCUUCAGGUCCUCUCCUCGGGCCUGGGCUCGGUCAAGAAGGCAGCGAACCGAGUGACGCAACGUGAAACACCGCUGGAAAAGAACCUCAGAGAGGCCACUUCCAAUCAGAAUUGGGGUGUGCCGAACAGCCAGCUCCAUGACAUCGCACGUGCAUCCUUCGAUUUCCAGGAGUACCAGAGCAUUAUCACCGAGAUUUGGGCUGGUUUGCAGGAAGCAAAGUCCAGAUGGCGGCGGGUCUUGAAAUCAUUGAACCUGGUGGAGUUUUUGGUUAAAAACGGCAGCGAGCGAAUCAUCGACGAGAUUCGCCGUGACCAGUACAAGGUCCGUCCGCUCAUGGACUUCAGCUACUCGGAAGAUGGCAAAGACAAGGGCGCUGCAGUUCGCGAGAAGGCCAAAGCCAUCUUGGAGCUCAUCAGUGAUAACGAGUUGCUGCGGUCGGAGCGGGAGAAGGCACGCACGCACCGGGAAAAGUUCAUGGGCAUGUCCUCUGUUGACAGCAGCAGCUACGGCGGUGGAUAUGGUGGAGGUGGAGGUAGCAGCAACUAUGGCGGUGGUGGUGGUGGUGGUGGUGGCAGCUACGGUGGCAGCAGCGGUGGCAGCUACGGUGGUAGCGGUGGUGGUAGCUAUGGUGGUAGUGGCGGCGGCAGUAGUGGGGGUGGCUAUGGUGGUAGUUCGUACGACCCGUACGUUGAGAACAAGAAGUUCGACGAAGCGAGGCGGAGACGGGAGGACGAGCGGGAUGAGCGCGACCGCAGAUACGACCGUGAUGAUCGAGACAGAGACGAUCGAGACGAUCGGGACCGUCGGCGCAGAGAGGAUCGGGACCACCGGGACCGCGACUACGACCGCCGAGAGGACGAUCGGCGUCGAGAUGAGCGGGAUUCGCGGGAUGAUCGAGACAGAGAUGGUCGUCGUCGGGACUACGACUACGAUGACAGGCGAGACCGUGACGGACGCCGCCGCAGUUACGACGAGGACGAUCGUCGGGAGUCCAGACGAGAUCGGGAUGACCGUGACCGGGAUGAACGAGACCGGGUCGAGAAGCCUGCUCCGCAGGCGAACCUGCUAGACAUGGGCGACCCCGCAGAGCCGCCUGCGACUGCCGCGACUGCCGCUGCGCAGGGAUGGGGCGCUUUCGAGGGUGGCGGCUUCGCCGACUUUGGCGGCGGUGCUUCGGCAGGUGCUGCGGGCGGCGAUGGCUUCGGAGACUUCGUAGGAACGGCGGCGCCCCAGCCAGCGGCGCCCACAGCCCCACAGGCAUCGGCAGUGCCGCCAGCUGCGCCGACUGCGGAGAUGCCCGACUUGUUCGCUGUUGGGGGCGACUUUGGCUUCCAGGGUGGUGGCGGCUCCUUUCAAGGGGCCCAAGCCCAAGCCUUUCAAGGGGCGCCUGGCGCCUGUCAAGGGCAAGGAGCCGCCCCAGCCCAAAUGGCUCCCUUCUCUUCGGGAUCCUGUGGCGGAUGCGUCGAUGCUCCUAGCAGCCUCGCCCAAGCGCCAUCGGACCAGCCGGGAGGGCCCGGGUCCUUCUUGGAUGGCAUCUCGAGCAAGCUCUUGGACCUGAACCUCGGCUCUGGAACUUCGCAGGCUUCUGCUCAGCCUCCCGCUCCGAACAAGCCCAUGGGAGGAGGCAUGGGUCCCAUGGGCAGUGCCAUGGGCAAUACCAUGGGCAGUGCAAUGGGUGCAGGAAUGGGCAGCUGCGGUGGCUGCUGUGGAG